GUUGCAUAUCGCCUCUCCGGAGCUAAACGGGACAGUGCUAUGAGGACUCAGCCCCAAAGCCAAACUUGUGAAGUGUACUACGUCUCUGGCCAUGGACACUCCGGCUGCUCUGCUGCACAGGGAGAGGGGGAGUUGAAGGGGCCCACCCAGUCGCUGAGCCCCCCCACGAAGCCUGAGGAUGGAGCAGAGCAGAGGGCGGAGGGGGGGCGAGCUCCGGCCUGUGGCUCCUGGAGGAGGUGGAUGUUGGGUCUCCUGCCUUUCUUCCCCUUCACAGCUGCCAUUGCACUCACCCUCCACUACUUAACAUCGCCGCCCUCCUCCGUGUUCUUCAUCGGUGGCAGCAUGGAGUUCCCAAACCUGAGCUUCUCCUCAGAACUGACUGACUCCACCUCCCCGCAGUUCCGCCUGCAGGCUCAGGCUUUGAACCAUUAUUUGUCAGAUCUGUACGAGUCGUCUCCGUGGAGCUCUCACUACCGGCGCUCAGGGAUCACUGCCUUCAGUGAAGGAGCAGAGGGGCUCAAUGUCUUCUACUGGAGUCAGUUCUACGCCCCGGACGAUGUUGCCAUGGCGAUCCGGAUGUCCAGCCCAGAGAAGCUGCAGCGCAGGCUCCCCGGCAGCAACAAGGUGCAGCGCUACAGCCGCAAUGAGCAGCGCUACUCCAUGGAGCAGGAUGAGGACAUGCUCCACCUGCUGGGUUUGGACCCUGAUGACUUUGAAUCAGAUGAAAAAUCAGACAAGAUAAAGAAUCCCCACAGCCUGCAGAGUGGGAAGUGGCAGCUCGGCUUCCAAGCAAUGUCCUUUGACCUCUACGCCAAAUUCGGCAACAACCGCACGCUGAGCCUUGUGAGUCCCAAGAAGCCGUACUACCAGUGGCGGCUACGCGUGCCGUCGGGUCACGUGGUGCGGCUGGUUAUCCUCACCCUGCAUGGCGCCACGCCAGGAAGCUGCACCGCCCACAAGCUCUCGGCCUACGACUUCCUGCUUCCUUUACAGAACAAGAUCAUUGCCAGGUGGUGUGGCCUGCCUGUCUUGGGUUCGUCUCCGGUCAUGAGGCUGACGUCCUCUGGGAACGUCAUGUUAGUCACCUUCUCCUUCAGCCGACAGAGAGAUGGAGCCAUAUUCAAAGCAUAUUUCCAGGCCAUCCCGAAAGCAGGUUGUGGAGGAUCUCUUUCCUCUUGGAACGGCUCCAUUUCCUCGCCCUACUACCCUUCCUAUUACCCUCCUAAUAUAGACUGUGUCUGGACUCUACGGGCGCCGUUGCCAGGAUACCUGAUCUCCAUGACGAUCGUGACGAUGGACAUUCAGGAUUCCCCGUCAUCGGACGGAUGUGAGAAAGACUGGCUGGACAUCGGAGGGGUCAAACUGUGUAACCCGCUGUCGGACAGCAGCAGGAAGCGAGUCUACUCCUCUCCCAUCUCCCUUCACUUCCGCUCCGAUGAAUCACUCACUCACAAGGGCUUCUACCUGCUCUUCAGAGCCUUCUCUCCAGAGAGCACUUGUCCUCGUCAGUUUCGCUGUGGAGAUGGCCGCUGCAUCCCUCUGAGAAAGGUGUGUGAUGGAGUGAAGGACUGCUCAGAUGGACGGGAUGAGGCUAAAUGCUCGUCCUGCAGGCCGUGGGAGGUGAGGUGUGCUAACGGCCAGUGCAAACCUCACAGCAGCCAGUGUUUCAGUCAGAGCCCGUGUGAUGACAGCAGCGAAGAGGGAACCUGUGGAAGUAAAUGUUAUCACGUAUGUCCCAACAAGUUGUGUUUGCCAAAGUCUUCAAUGUGUGACGGUGUCGUCGACUGCAAAGACCGCAGCGAUGAACUCAACUGUACCAGAGCAUAUUUUAAAGGCUGCUCCUCAUCCUCUUACAAAUGUCCCAAUGGAAAGUGUGUUGGAAAGAUCAACCCUGAGUGUGAUGGAGUAAAAGACUGUAAUGACGGCUCGGAUGAAAUGCGCUGUAGUUGUGGCACCAGGCCCAGGAAGCGCACUAAGAUAGUUGGGGGUUCUGAUGCCGGAGCGGGUUCCUGGCCGUGGCAGGUCAGCCUCCAGAUGGAUCGCUACGGCCACGUCUGUGGAGCCACGCUGGUCUCCAGCCGCUGGCUCAUCUCUGCAGCUCACUGCUUCCAGGACUCAGAUGCUAUUAAAUACUCCGAUGCCCGAGCAUGGCGGGCCUACAUGGGAAUGCGUGUGAUGACCGUGGGGAACAACGGAGCAGCCACCAGACAGAUCCGGAGAAUUCUCCUGCACCCUAAGUACGACCAGUUCACCUCGGACUACGACAUCGCCCUCCUGGAGCUCAGCGCUCCCGUCUUCUUCAACGACCUGGUGCAGCCCGUGUGCGUCCCCGCCUCCUCACACGCCUUCUCCACAGGGACCAACUGCUACGUGACAGGCUGGGGGGUGCUCAUGGAGGACGGUGAGCUGGCCUCUCGCUUACAAGAGGCCUCAGUGAAGAUCAUCAACAGGAACACGUGCAACAAGCUGUAUGACGACGCCGUAACUCCCAGAAUGCUGUGCGCUGGGAACAUGCAGGGAGGGGUGGAUGCCUGCCAGGGUGACUCCGGAGGUCCGUUGGUGUGUCUGGAGCGCAGCAGGCGGUGGUUCCUGGCCGGGAUCGUGAGCUGGGGCGAGGGCUGCGCCAGGCAAAACCGCCCCGGUGUCUACACGCAGGUGGUGAAGUUCACCGACUGGAUCCAUCAGCAGACCAAAGGACAGGUGUGACCGACACGGGGAAGAACGACAGACUUAACACACGGGACGGAGGUUUUCAAACGUGGCGUCUA